ACGGGAAUAAACGGAUCAGCGAGCGGAGGUAUACGGAUCUGCAACGUGCCCUUUCUUUGAACAAAGGCCAUGAACGUGAUUCGUGGAUACAAGAAAGACGAUGAAGAGGGUGGUAAAAGUGGCCCCUUCCAAAACCUAGAAAAGAGCACGGUCCUUCAAGAGGCCAGAGCCUUCAAUGACAAUGUCUUAAAUAACAAAAAGUGUACGCUAAUCCUCACAAAGAUCCUUUAUCUUAUGAACCAGGGUGUGACACUAACUCCAGCUGAAGCUACUCAGACAUUUUUUGCCAUCACGAAGCUCUGGCAGUCCAAAGACAUUACCCUCCGAAGGCUUGUCUAUGUCUCCGUCAAAGAAAUGGCAAAAAUUGCCAACGACGUCAUCAUUGUCACCAGCAGUUUGACAAAGGACAUGACUGGAAAAGAGGAUCAGUACAGGGGGAGUGCCAUAAGAGCCUUGUGUGUCAUCACUGACAAUACGAUGGUACAAGCUAUUGAGCGCUACAUGAAGCAAGCUAUUGUUGAUCGCAAUCCUAGUGUCUCAAGUGCCGCAUUAGUCUCUGCCCUACACAUAUUUCAGCGAGGUGCUGUUGAGAUUGUGAAGCGAUGGGUCAACGAGGCUCAGGAGGCCAGCACUUCAGAUCACCUCAUGGUUCAGUAUCACGCCAUUGGCCUGUUGUAUCACAUUCGUAAACAUGAUAGACUAGCCGUGACUAAGAUGGUCACGAAAUUGUCUCGUUCUGGAUUGAGAUCACCUUUUGGUUACUGUUUACUGAUAAGGAUUGCUUGUAAGGUGCUGGAGAGGGAGGAGAGGAGCAGUAACAAUAUGCUGUAUGACUUCCUUGAGUCUUGUCUCCGUCAUAAGAAUGAUAUGGUUGUGUAUGAGGCAGCUCGGGCUAUGGUUAACUUGAGUAACAUCACCGCUAGGGAGCUCCAACCAGCAGUCUCAGUGUUGCAAAUGUUUUUGAGUUCACCUAAAGCUGUGACUCGUUUUGCUGCUGUAAAGACACUUAACAGAAUUGCCAUGAUUCACCCUGACGUUGUUACCUCUUGCAAUAUUGAUCUAGAGAACUUGAUAUCCGAUACUAACAGGAGCAUAGCUACACUUGCCAUCACAACAUUGCUCAAGACUGGGAAUGAAGCUAGUGUUGAUCGUCUCAUGAAACAGAUCACUAGUUUCAUGUCUGAGAUAUCAGAUGAGUUCAAGACUGUCGUUGUCGAGGCCAUUCGUUCUGUUUGUAUAAAGUUCCCACGGAAGCAUCACAUUUUGAUGACGUUCCUUGCCAACAUGCUCAGGGAAGAGGGCGGCUUUGACUACAAGAAGGCCAUUGUGAACACCAUCAUAGCCAUCAUUGAAGAGAACUCUGAAAUCAAAGAUGUCGGAUUGUCCCAUCUUUGUGAGUUUAUUGAAGACUGUGAACACAUUGAACUGGCCACUCGAAUACUCCACCUCUUGGGGAGGGAGGGGCCUCGGACCCAGAAACCUUACAAGUACAUUAGGUUCAUUUACAAUAGAGUCUUGCUCGAGGCUGCGACUGUUAGAGCUGCUGCUGUGACGUCACUAGCAAAGUUUGGCGCCUCCUGUGAAGAUUUGCUUGAAAGUAUCCUUGUCCUUUUGGAAAGGUGUCUCCUUGACAACGAUGACGAGGUCCGUGAUCGUGCUCUGCUUUACAUGGAGGUACUUAAACAAAAGCAGAAGUCACUUUCGUCAGCUUUUAUACUCAAUCCUAUAAGUGUGUCAGUGGUUGGCCUAGAGAGAGCAUUACUAGCUUAUUGCAGUCAGCCUAAUGAUGAUCCUUUUGAUAUCAAGACUGUCCCUAUUGAGACAACACCUUACAAUGAAACACCAAAAUCUAUUGGUGAGGUUACUACAGGUGGUUCAGUUAUUAAGUCCGCCCCUGUUGCUUCUAAACACGACAUCUUUGUUGAGCAAUUGUCUGCCAUACCACAGUUUUCAAAGCUUGGUCCAUUGUUCAAAUCAUCGGACUCUCCCGUUGAACUAACGGAGUCUGAGACCGAGUAUGUGGUGAGGUGUGUCAAACACACUUACCUCAAUCACCUUGUGUUUCAGUUUGAUGUCACUAAUACGCUCAAUGAUCAGCUGCUGGAGAAUGUCCGUGUUGAAAUGGAGGAGACCGAAGGUUUCUCCAUCAUCUCUUACAUACCAAUAGCUUCCUUACCUUACGGACAACCAAAGACAGCAUAUACACUAGUAGGGAUUGAAGAUAAUACCAUUGUUUCUGGUACAUUCCUGAAUACGUUAAAGUUUAUUGUUAAAGACUGUGACCCAAACACGGGGGAGCCUGAUGAUGAUCAGGGAUACGAUGAUGAAUAUGUGUUGGAGAAUGUUGAUAUUCUCUUGUCUGAUCACAUGCAGCGAAUUGUGAAGCCAAACUUUGCUGCCUCUUGGGAGGAGAUCGGAGAAGAGAAUCAAACCGAAGGGACGUACGCCUUGAGCAGCAUGAAGGACAUUUCAGAUGCUGUCAAGCAGAUCACUGGUUUCCUUGGCAUGCAGUCGUGUGAGAGAUCAGACCAAGUUGAUCACAAUAGGACCUCCCAUACCUUGUUGCUGGCUGGUGUCUUUAGAGGAGGCCAUGAGGUUCUUGUAAGAGCAAGACUAGCUCAGACAGGACAGGUCACUAUGAAGAUGACAGUUCGUAGUAAAGACCUCAACACUUGUGAACUGGUUGCAGCUGCCAUUAACUGAACUAUUGCGCCAUGCAAUGUACUGGCCUCUUAGUUAUAGUUUUGUGCUGCGAUUUGUUAUUGAUAAUUUUAUGAUACCAUUUGAUUAACGAA